GACAAUGAAACGUAUCAUUUAUGAUUAAUGCGGCGGGAUUUCAAGAGAUUGAAUCGAGGGAUUUGAAACUCACCACAACUUGUUGAUUAAUAACCAUAAGACCGUUUUCCAGCAGGAGUCCAUAUAUACAUAACAUAUAGGAGUCAUUGAAAGUGGAAGUAGGGGUUGGAUUGGUUAAUUUCCGAGUAAGCUACUGUGUUUAUUGUUGUGGUUUUUUAAAAUGUAAAUGGUGAAUUAAAAGCAGAGGAUUUGUGUCUGAAACGGCAAUGGCGAAUAUCCACAGAUAUUUUAUGAAAGUCAUCGGCCUCUUGGUCUCUUUUCACGGUAUUAUUAAUGCAACCAAUCAGUCAGUUUUACUGAAUAACCUGUUUAAAACCUACCAUGCUGAUACCUUACCAUACUGUGACAGUCAGUCGAAACCAGUUGAUGUCUAUGUUGGAAUAGCCAUCCGACAGGUCAUAGAGUUGAACGAACCAAAACAGAUUCUGACUAUUAACGCCUGGAUAAGAUUGAGAUGGAAUGACUGUCAAUUGGUCUGGAACGCCAGUGAAUAUGGGGGUAUCGACAGCCUUGUAGUACCGUUUGAGAAGAUCUGGACACCUGAUAUCACUUUAUUUGACAAUGCUGCAGAUGAGUUAGCUGGAUUAAAAGAUUAUCGACCUGCAGUCUACCCUGAUGGAACAGUCAACUACUAUUUCCCUACAGUGAUAGACAGUCUUUGUAACGUUGACGUAACGUAUUUCCCAUACGAUACUCAAUAUUGCCCUCUUACGUUUGGAUCGUGGGCGUAUCAUGGAAAUGACUUGAAUGUAGAAAACAGAAGUGAAUCAGGUGACAUUUCUUCUUUUAAAGUGAAUACGGAGUGGAAAUUGUCCAGUGUCCCACUGAAACGUACAGUGUCGUACUACAGCUGUUGCCCAGAACCGUACCCAGCCGUAACCUUCUACGUGACUUUGAAAAGAAAACCAUUGUUUUAUGUCCUUAAUCUGCUGUUCCCAUGUAUUCUCAUCACUUCAGUGGCCAUGUUGGGCUUUUUAUUACCACCUGACGCUGGUGAAAAGGUUUCCCUUGAAAUAACAGUUUUGCUAUCGCUGGCUGUGUUUCUCUUGGUCGUAUCAGAGACGUUACCACCCACUUCUGAAAACUUCCCAUACAUAGGUAUAUAUUUCGCCUGUGCCAUGGUGAUGGUGUCUGUGUCCACCAUCUUGACAGUUAUAGUCCUCAACUUUCAUUUCAAGGGUCAACAUGGCCGCCCAGUACCGAGAUGGAUCAGGAAGGUAUUUUUAGGGGGUUUGGCGAGGUUUCUGUUGGUUAAAGAUUAUGAUGCUACUGUUCAUCCGUGUAAUAAUACUGAUCUAACGAUUGAAGAUAUGGAAACAAUAAAACAGGUACUUUUUCAAUUAGUUUUAAUUCAUUUGCACUUCCGCAGUCUUUUCUGGGAUGCAUUUUCAAAUUUUUCCAGAAUUAUUGCGUGA